AUGGAUGUCGAAAUGACCGAUGCGAGUCCUGACAGGUCGUCAGAGACCAUUACGGCAGACAGGGACUUGGUUAAGACUGUGCGAUCUCUCGAUCAAACUGGCCCCGGCGCCAAUGGCGAAAAGCUCGAUCGGCUGUGGAAGCAGCUCACAUCCUCCGGUCAGAGCCAGUUCUCCGCUGCCGAGGAGAGCGUUCUGCGAUGGCUCCUUAAGACGAUGAAGACGAACAACGACGAAGCAGAGAUUGUCCGACGAUUCCCUUUGACGUGGCGCAUCCUCGGCUGCUCGUUCCAGAGAAUACCUCUCUUCUCUCUCGCAAAAUCCCUCGCCGAUCGAAAGUUUAUGGCCGUUCUUCAGCAAACGCUGAAGGAUGUCGCAAAGCCUAGCACCGAGGCCGACACAACAGACUCGAAGAAGAGGAAAAGAGCCGGCGCUGCAAAGUUCGAAUUGCAGAGUCUGAAAUCUAGCGAUGGCUGUCUGGCGACUGGCGAGGCUAUUUUCAGUGCUUUGAAGAUACUCCUGGCGCGACUGGAUCCGGCGGCGCAAUGGUCUGCGCACGACAGGAUGGGGGCGGAGCACAUCAAGGCGCUUUUCGCGCAACCUGCGGCCGAUGCUGUUGAAUACCUGUCGCCUCUACUGUCGCUCUGCAACCAAUCGCUGGCCGUCGCUGAUGGCGAACAGUUCGAGGGCCAGGAGUCCUGGGUCAAAGUCUUCUCUUCUGCAUGGGACCUGCAUCUUCAGGGAAGCGCCGAUGCGCUUGAGGUAGCCACACACUUCUCCCGUGCCUCAUUCUCCAUUCUGGGUAGACUCAAGCAGGGCGCUGCUGUGGGCGAUGCAGUGGCCAAGUUCUGGACGCGCGAGCUGGAGAAGUUCCUGCAGCGCAACCUCAUUCUUCCUGCGAGAUCAGCAUACUUCAACAAAACCGACCUCGAGAUUGUCACUCGCGCCUUCAGCAUAUUGCAAAGUAUCGCAUCCGUUUCGGUGCCCGUAAUUUACAGCUUGGCCUCGGCCGCGCCGCAGGUUGUUGGGGGACUCACCACAUCCAAAGCCAAUGACGCCUGGAUGCAAGAGGUGUUCAGAUUGUCUGAGCGUGCAAACAGACAACUAUCCAACAGCGAAAAGGCGCGCGUUAUGACAUCGAUCUUGGAAGAAGCGAUCGAACACAAGGCCCGUAUUGCCUUGGACGACCUGCGUAUGGCGUGCAGUAAUUAUGCCAUAACUGGCAGCCCCAGCGAAACCGACUGGACACUCCUUUCUCUCAUCGCUAAAUGCGACGCGGAUGUUUUCCUGCAAUCCGAGGAGGGAAUGGAGCUCUUUGAUCAAGUUUGCGAUAGAAUUACUGUUGCUGGCGCUGAGGCAAGCGAGGUGUCCAUGAACGAGCUGAUUGCGUCGCUGAUCACUGGCUUCGAAAGCGCCCGUGAUUUAUCUACCUUCCUGAAGAAGUGGUUCGACCAGCUUUCCAAAUUUGAGGAUAAGACUCUGCGUUCCGAAGAUAGGCCUGUCUGGUUUACUCGAGUCCACCGUAGCCCUACUCUCAUCGGCGGCAUCGAGAAAUCGUUGACUACGAAGCAAUUGACGAGCCUCCUGGAAUGGGUUGAGAACCAAGAGACUCUUCGACCCGCAGCAGUGCUCAUCUUCCUUAACACAAUUGCCAGCGCUGUAACCAACGAUGAUUACGCUGAUGCGAUUGGCACGCAACUGUCAGAUUUGACCCUUAAAGUAUGGUCAUCUGGCAAGGUUCCUUCAGAUAUCCGCUCCUUGCGGUGGAGGAUCAUCGCAAAGACAGUGUCGUGGGUGGACUACGAAGGAGCGACCAAGCUUUGGGACAACGUUCGCGCCGAUCUGACGAAGGCACUGCAAAAGGCCAAGUUCGAGGACGAGGAUGCUUGCGAGGCUCUGGAGUGUGCGUAUCAGUUCUGGUUAGCCAUGUACCCCGAUGGCCGUGACCAGGCUGAUCUCGCUUCGCUCCUCACAUCGUUCGUGGAGAGGUUGUUGAAGAAGGUGAAGCUCGAUGAUGUGAAAGAGCUGCUGGAAUCGCGGGAUUCUUUGGCUUCAGACACCUCCAAUGCGUCCAAGUUCUGCGCCGAGUACCCGCUGGCUGCGUCCAGACUUGUUUCGCUGCUCUCAAAGUCAUCUGGUUCCAUGCCAGAGUACCUACAAAAGCUUCUUGGCGACAAGAACGACAGCGAAUCGCGGCUUGGAAACGUGCUGGAUUCUGUCUUCUCAAAUGAAAAUAACCUGCGCGACCGAAAGCUGACGGCUGGAGUCGUUGACCACACUAUCGAAAUUAUCGCGCAGGUUUCUGGAAAGUCGUCUCCCUGGACUGAGAAGCGAAGCAGGACGGCUAUGGUUGAGCUCUCGAGGGUGCCCGAUGAAGCGUUGACGAGACAACAGCGGGAGCGCAUUAUGGAAAUCUUGAUUCACAAGAUCCAAGCCGUCAAAAACAUAAGCCCGGAGCAUUCAAGUUUGGUUCUUGGGCUGGUCGACAAGAUCAUGAGGAAACCGACGUUUUACAAGGACAUGGCAUUCUCAGAUCUCCAAAAGAUUGCUGCCUCGAUCUCGACAGCCUGCACUGAGAACAACUCAAAGGUGGCUGUUGGGUUGUCCCUGCUUCUUGGCAGUCUGUCAACGGCGACUAUUCGACAGAUGAACGAUCAUCAAGAGUACCGUGUGCAAUAUUUCGAGAAAGUUUCCAGUCUACUGGGGGAUGUUGCCAGUGCCGAGUCCUUUGCUCAGAUGACUCUCCUCAAGGCCCUCCUGUCUGUGGUGUUACCUGAUGCUGGCGCGAAGGAAAAGACGGCUGUCAUCGACGUCGACAAGACUGCCUCCGCACUUGCUAGCAGGGUACAAGAAGCCCUGGGCGACUUUGCGAAGGCAUCUCGCAAACAGAAGGUCGACAAGACUGUAGUCAACCGGUUGUUAAUUGCUCUGGACGCUGCCGAAACUUUGCCUGACGCUGCCGUCAAACAAAUGAAAGUCAAGAUGUCCCAAUUGGAAGAGGCAAGCCAGCAGGCCGUCGCAAACGGGCACCUGAGCGGCUGGAAGCUGCGAUCCUUCCUCAUUAAACGUUUCCCAUCGCAACUUGCCGACCCUCGCCCAAUCUCGUUCAACGAGCUCUUCAGCAGCGCCGUGGCUACACCCCUCCCCAGUGGACCGGCUCCUGAUCCGCUGUCCGACUUCAACCGCCAAGCUAUUCUGGAGGAUUGUAUUGACGCUGUAGUUGCUGGACUUGAUUACAGCGAGAAGCUUAUUUACAUCCAAAGCCUCCUCGAAGGCGUGAAGGAAGACUCUGCUACCAAGGCCGGUGCAUCAACAGAAGGCCAGCUCCUGGCUAUUCGCCGUGUCAUCGCUCAGAUGACGGAAGCACCAACCGGCCUUGAGAAGUCCAAGACAUUCGAUCUGGCAACCGCACACGGCUCUUUGAUCAGAUACCUCACCAAGGCCAAGACCGUCCGCGAAUUCGUCAGAACAGCCGAAGUCCUCCAGCAGCUGCUCGACAUCAAGUCCAACUCAAUGACGCAGUGGAACAUUGAGACCACCCUCAGCACCACAGCCGUCAUCGUCGCCACCGACCCGAACAACCUCCUCGACGCCUCGCCCAGCGUCUACCAGUGGCUUUGCAAACUGAUGGAGGUGAUUAUCAAGAAGCAUCGCCUCCGUCUCGAGGGCCACUACCACAUCCUCGUCUCAACCCUGGAAGCCCUUCUUGGAGCCCUGUCCCGCCAACAGACCUCCGCAGCUGUCCGCGCGAAGCACGCCGCGCAGUUCACCCGCCUGGUCACCUUGGUCUGCGAGCCUGCCGCCGCCGCCGUGUCGCGCGUGCAGCACCUCAGCGCCCUCGACUCCGCAACCGAUGCGGCCAAGAGGUCUGCCGGCCGACACAUGUACCUCGUACUCAUGGCGUAUGUCAAGAUGCAGCUUGACGUGGAUGUCCCGAGGGAUGUCCGCGAGGCGCUUGAGCCGGGUAUGAACUCCGUGUUUGAUAUUACGCCGAUUGAGGUGAGGAAGAUUUUGAACGAUGCCAUGGAUGCUAGCGGAAGAGCGAUUUUGAGGGAGAUGUACAGGAGGUAUUCCAAGUUUGGGAAGUGGAGCGGUGUGUAA